AUGUGGAGAAACCUUUCGCGCUCUCAAAAGCUGCUUACUACUGUCACAGCUACUGCUGCUGCUGGUAGUGCAGCAUUGUACCUGAAUAAUGAUCAACGCCGUCCUUUGCCUUCCAUGCUUUUGACACGUAACCAAAUCGCCUACGCCGAGGCUCAACCACAAGAUGAUGAAAAGCCCAAAACCUUUUGGAAGACGCCUUCACGUGAAGAGAUGCUCAAGAGACUCGAGAAUGAUGAUGAGGAGGAAUAUGACUUGUUGAUUGUUGGUGGUGGUGCCACUGGUGCAGGCACUGCAGUGGAUGCAGCCACUCGUGGUCUUAAGGUUGCUCUUGUUGAGCGUGAUGAUUUUGCUUCCGGUACCUCAUCCCGAUCUACUAAGCUCGUGCACGGUGGUGUGCGUUAUCUUCAAAAGGCCAUUAUGGAAUUGGACUACGAACAAUACAAGCUUGUGGUGGAAGCAUUGCAUGAGCGUAAAAUCUUUUUGGAUAUUGCUCCUCACUUGGCUGGUCAAUUGCCCAUCAUGUUGCCUGUUUACAAGUGGUGGCAGAUCCCUUAUUACUGGGUUGGCUGCAAGCUCUAUGAUUUGUUUGCUGGUCGAGAAGCUUUGGAGAGCAGCUACUUGUUGACUCGUUCCAAGGCCCUUGAUGCUUUCCCCAUGUUGAAAAAAGAUGAAUUGGUGGGUGCACUCGUGUAUUACGAUGGCCACCACAAUGACGCUCGAAUGAACGUUGCCCUUUCCAUGACCGCUGCUUACCAUGGUGCCACUGUUGUGAAUCAUUGUGAGGUCACCGAGCUCUUGAAGAAUGAAAAGGGUGAAGUCAAGGGUGCCAAGCUCAGAGAUAACUUGACUGGCAAGGAAUGGGAGGUCAAGGCUAAGGGUGUCAUUAACGCUACUGGUCCCUUCACUGAUGGCCUUCGUAAGAUGGAUGAUAAGGAAAAUCUUGACAUUGUCGCCCCCUCAGCUGGUGUCCAUAUUAUCCUCCCCAACUACUAUAGUCCUCGUAACAUGGGCUUGCUCGAUCCUGCUACUAGUGAUGGUCGUGUCAUUUUCUUCUUGCCUUGGGAAGGUAGCACUAUUGCAGGCACCACUGAUUCCCCCACUGAAGUCACUCCCAACCCUAUGCCAAAGGAAGAUGAAGUCAAAUGGAUUCUUGAUGAGGUCUCCCACUAUUUGAACAAGGAUGUCAAGGUGCGUCGUGGUGAUGUUUUGGCUGCAUGGUCUGGUAUUCGUCCUCUUGUACGUGAUCCUCAUGCCAAGAACACUGAAUCGCUUGUACGCAACCACAUGAUCCAUGUCAGUGACAACAAGUUGCUCACCAUUGCUGGUGGAAAGUGGACUACCUACCGUGCUAUGGCUGAGGAGACUGUGGAUCGUGCUAUCCAAGAAUAUGGCCUUAAGCCAAAGAACAAGUGUGUUACCGAAAAGACCUUGCUUGUUGGUAGCGAAGGAUUUAGCAACACCAUGUUUAUUCGUUUGAUCCAAGAAUUUGGUAUGGAUACUGAAGUAGCUGUACACCUUGCCAACAGCUAUGGUGACCGUGCUUGGGUUGUUGGUUCUAUCGAAGACAAGACCGGCAUGUCGUAUCCUUCGUAUGGCAACCGUAUCUCGCCCAAUUAUCCUUACAUUGAGUCUGAAGUUCGCUAUGCAUGCCGACAAGAAUACGCUUGCACCGCUGUCGAUGUCCUUGCUCGUAGAACACGUCUUGCCUUUUUGAAUGCUGAAGCUGCUUUGCAAGCUGUUCCACGUGUCGUUGAAAUUAUGGCUGAAGAGCUCAAGUGGGACAAGGAACGUCAACAAAAGGAAAAGGAGCAAGCUGCCAAGUUCUUGGUUACCAUGGGUCUCGCUGAAUCCAAGGCUUAA